AUGAAGACUCUACUGGUUCUUUGUCUCGGUGUUGCUGUGGUGGGUGCCGACGUUGCCUCGCACAUUGUCGGGGGCACAGAGGCAGCUCCUAAUACCUGGCAGUGGCAGGGGUCGCUCAGGAAGCUUCGCUCUUCAGGGGAGAUAACUCACACCUGCGGCUGCUCUCUACUGAGCUCCCGUUGGGCUUUGACUGCUGCCCACUGCGUGGAUGACACGAACUUGGGUGUCGGCGACUACGAGGUGGUGUUCGGGGCUCACAGUCUCUCAAGCGAUAAUGGAUUCGACCAGAAAGUUGGCGUCUCCAAGUUCGUCAUUCAUCCGGGUUGGAAUCCGAACCAGUCUGGUUUCCCCAACGACAUCGCGCUGAUCCAGUUCAACACCGACGUCGUAAUGAACGCUGCCGUCAAGACCGCGAACCUCAUCGACAACAACGACGACUUCGCUGGGGAAAGCAACUGCUUCAUCACAGGCUGGGGGAAAACUGCUGGAAGUAACUCUGGUUUGCCGGAUAAACUGCAGGAGGCUCCCACCAACGUCAUCUCGUACAGUGAAUGCCGCAGUCGCAUCGGCAGUUCUGUCAGAGCUGACCACAUCUGUGCCUUUGACUACAACGGCGUGACUGGGGGGUGUAACGGAGACAGCGGAGGACCUCUUGUAUGUCAAAAGAGCGGAAGUAACCAGUUCACCCUCUUGGGCGCUGCAUCAUGGGUAAUCACUGGUUGCGUCACUACAUACCCCACAGUGUAUGCCCGUGCUUCCAGCUAUCGUGAGUGGAUCAGAAGCGAGUCUGGUGUAUAAAACAACGAAAUGCUGAGGAAAUAAAAUAUUCCUUCAUUGA